AAAAUUUCAGCACAAUGUCGUCUCGGCAUCGGAUUGACAUUGGCGAAUCGAAACCGCGCAAGUCCAGAAGAUCUGUUGUUCAUUUGAAUGGUGAACGGUACGACGAACUAGACCUGGAAACGUUUACUGAUGGCCCGGAUGGAUAUUCCAAUCGUGAAAGGUCGCGGUCACCUGAGAGAAAUAAUUCCAAAGCCCAUAUGCCAAUUCCCACCUCUUAUUCCGUACAGGUCAAUCCAUACAAUGGAAAGCCCUUUUCAGCCAGAUAUUUUGACCUGUUUCGAAAGCGCAUCCAGCUACCAGUAUGGGAGUACAAGGAAAAUUUUUUCAAAGUAAUUUCGGAAAAUCAGGUCACAGUCCUGGUGGGUGAAACCGGCUCAGGAAAGACCACUCAAAUACCACAGUGGUGUUUAGAGUGGAUCACUGGCCGUUAUCCAACCAAAAAGGCAGUUGCUUGUACUCAGCCGAGGCGUGUAGCCGCCAUGUCUGUGGCUCAACGUGUCUCAGAAGAAAUGGACGUUGAGCUUGGUCAGGAGGUGGGUUACAGCAUUCGAUUCGAAGAUUGCACCUCCUCCCGUACCGUGAUGAAGUAUAUGACCGAUGGUAUGCUGUUACGUGAAGGCAUGUCAGACCCUCUCCUCGAAGCCUACGGCGUUGUCUUGUUGGACGAGGCUCACGAGCGCACAUUGGCAACUGACAUCCUGAUGGGUUUGCUCAAAGAAAUUAUCAAGCAACGGUUGGAUUUGAAAAUAGUAGUCAUGAGUGCCACACUGGAUGCCGGAAAGUUUCAAGACUACUUCCUCAAAGCCCCGCUUAUGACAGUUCCCGGACGUACACAUCCGGUGGAGAUCUUCUACACCCCGGAACCAGAACGAGAUUAUUUGGAGGCUGCUAUUCGAACUGUGAUACAAAUUCACAUGUGUGAGGAAGUUGAGGGAGAUAUUCUGCUAUUUCUGACAGGCCAGGAGGAGAUCGAGGAGGCUUGCAAACGGAUACAGCGGGAAGUCGAGGGUUUGGGUCCGGAUGUUGGUGAACUUCGGUGUAUACCUCUUUAUUCUACCCUCCCCCCAAACUUACAACAACGUAUUUUCGACCCACCUCCACCAAAGCGUGCCAAUGGAGCAAUAGGAAGAAAAGUGGUCGUAUCAACAAACAUUGCAGAAACGUCACUCACUAUCGAUGGUGUCGUGUUCGUGAUCGAUCCGGGGUUCGCCAAACAAAAAGUCUACAACCCUCGCAUUCGUGUGGAAUCUUUGCUGGUAACAGCGAUCAGUAAAGCCUCAGCUCAACAGCGUGCGGGUCGCGCCGGAAGAACGAAACCGGGGAAAUGUUUCCGACUGUACACCGAGAAAGCCUAUGCAAAUGAGAUGCAAGAAAACACAUAUCCAGAGAUCUUACGAUCCAACUUAGGCACAGUCGUACUGCAGUUGAAAAAACUAGGCAUUGAUGACCUAGUCCAUUUUGACUUUAUGGAUCCCCCUGCCCCGGAAACCCUGAUGCGUGCGCUGGAGUUGUUGAACUACCUCGCUGCUCUCGAUGAUGACGGUAACCUUACUGACUUAGGCAGUAUGAUGGCAGAAUUCCCCCUGGACCCCCAGUUGGCCAAAAUGGUGAUUGCCUCGUGUGAUUUCAACUGUUCAAACGAAGUACUCAGCAUAACCGCUAUGCUGUCAGUUCCCCAAUGCUUCGUUCGGCCAGCAGAUGCAAAGAAGUCGGCAGAUGAGGCGAAAAUGAGGUUCGCACACAUUGACGGUGAUCAUCUCACAAUGCUCAACGUCUAUCACGCAUUCAAACAGAAUCACGAAGAUCCGCAAUGGUGUUAUGACAAUUUCGUCAAUUUCCGCUCACUGAAAUCCGCCGACAACGUACGUGUCCAACUGUCGCGAAUCAUGGACAGGUUUUGUCUACGGCGAUCCAGCACGGACUUCAGCUCUCGUGAUUACUACCUCAACAUCCGAAAAGCAUUAGUGUCUGGUUUCUUCAUGCAGGUGGCCCACCUCGAAAGGACUGGACAUUAUCUAACUGUGAAAGACAAUCAAGUUGUGCAGCUCCAUCCUUCAACUGUAUUAGAUCACAAACCGGAAUGGGUUUUAUACAACGAAUUUGUGCUGACCACUAAGAACUACAUCCGCACGGUGACCGAAGUCAAACCUGAUUGGCUUGUCAGAAUUGCUCCCCAGUAUUACGACAUGUCAAAUUUCCCCGAAUGUGAAGCCAAACGCCUCCUAGAACGGAUCGUUCAACGAAUUCAAAACAAGCGACUUCAGCAAGAACAAAAGCAAGCUCAAGAGGCCAAAGCCAAGGUGUCUGCAUAGCCCUCAAGACUGUUUCUGGGGCGACGGUUUCCCCAAAGCAGCCCCCAUCCUCCUCUCAUGUAAAACAUAAUUCCAAUACCACAAUAUUCUUGCGUUGGAAGCCCCUCCACACAUUUUUAUAUGCCAUCUUGUUUGCGUAUGGGACUUUCAUCCUCGACAUCAUUGGUGCUGUUGAGCAGUGUCUGAUGGCUCACCAUUGUACCAAUCUUUGUCUGUCUGUACCAGUGCAAAUAUAGUUUGAGUUAUUGUAAGGCAACCAGUGGUGUUUUCGAUCUUACCUCUAUUUUCAAUUUCAAGGCGGUCGUUGUUGCCCUUAGAAGAGGGUCUGUUCGAAAUAUCUGUUGUAGAAUCUGCAAGAACUGUGGGGUUG